GACCCUGAGCCGGGAAAACCAGAAGCUAGAAAGAGGGCAUCCGGGUUGUGCAAAUUUCAGACACACGGAUAUCCCGCGGCGCCUGCGUCCGGAGCCCGGCCCUGCUGCUGGACUGUCCUCGGCCACGCCCGCCGCCCCUCCCGCGUCCUGGCCCCUUCCCCACCCGACGGAAUCCCGGGGAGGCUGGAAGGUGGGUCCCCGCCCACGCCGCCCUGGGCCCGCCCUGCCUGGCCGCGGCGCUUGGCCCAGUCCCGUGGUCCUCGUCGCGACCGGCCCGGGCCGCAGGACGCCGCGCUCGGGGGAGCUGAGCCACCUCUCCGCCAGGCCCGUGCGAGCGGCACACACCUGGCAGUGACCAUGACUCAUGGUUCCCAGUACAAAGAAAAGAGCACUUCCCUGCUGGGGCAGAGGCCAAGCCAGAGCCCUGGCGCCAUCACCUCUCUGCCCUGCUUGAGUCUGGAAUGGACCUCCCUGCCUGGAAGCUGCAUUGCCCUUGGUCCUGGGCCUGCCUGCCCCCUGGGGAACACAGGCAGCAGCCACAUUGGCAGUGAGGCCGUGGCAGCGUUGGCAGCAGAGGAUGCCCCAGGCCCUGGAGCGUGCAGAUGGCAGCUGGGCCUGGGUGGUGCUGCUGGCCACCAUGGUGACCCAGGGCCUCACCCUGGGCUUCCCCACGUGUAUCGGCAUCUUCUUCACUGAACUGCAAUGGGAGUUCCAGGCCAGCAACAGCGAGACCUCUUGGUUCCCCUCCAUCCUCACGGCUGUGCUCCACAUGGCAGGGCCCCUGUGCAGCAUCCUGGUGGGACGCUUCGGCUGCAGAGUGACCGUGAUGCUGGGGGGCGUGCUGGCCAGCCUGGGCAUGGUGGCCAGCUCCUUCUCUCACAACCUCAGCCAGCUCUACUUCACAGCAGGAUUCAUCACAGGUGGAAGGCCCCAGUGCGCCUCCAGGCUGGUUUCCCCUCUUGCCCCGCAGGCCUGGGCAUGUGCUUCAGCUUCCAGUCAAGCAUCACGGUGCUGGGCUUCUACUUUGUCCGCCGGCGGGUGCUGGCCAACGCGCUGGCCUCGAUGGGCGUCUCCCUGGGCAUCACCCUCUGGCCGCUGCUCUCCCGCUACCUUCUGGAGAACCUGGGCUGGAGGGGUACCUUCCUUGUCUUCGGCGGGGUCUUUCUCCACUGCUGCAUCUGCGGGGCCAUCAUAAGGCCUGUGGCCACCAGUGUGGCCCCUGAGACCAAAGAAUGUCCCCCGCCACCUCCCGAGACACCUGCACUCGGCUGCCUGGCCACAUGCGGCCGGACCAUCCAGCGCCACCUGGCCUUCGACAUCCUGCAGCACAACACAGGCUACUGCGUGUACAUACUGGGUGUGAUGUGGUCCGUCCUGGGCUUCCCACUGCCACAAGUCUUCCUCGUGCCAUAUGCCAUGUGGCACAGCGUGGACGAGCAGCAGGCAGCCCUCCUCAUCUCCAUCAUCGGCUUCAGCAACAUCUUCCUGAGGCCGCUAGCCGGGCUGAUGGCAGGACGGCCGGCCUUUGCUAGCCACCGCAAGUACCUGUUCAGCCUGGCACUCCUGCUCAACGGGCUCACUAACCUGGUGUGUGCGGCAUCAGGUGACUUCUGGGUGCUCGUGGGCUACUGCCUGGCGUACAGCGUGUCCAUGAGUGGCAUCGGCGCCCUCAUCUUCCAGGUUCUCAUGGACAUCAUCCCCAUGGAUCAGUUCCCCAGAGCCCUGGGACUCUUCACUGUCCUGGACGGCCUUGCUUUCCUCAUCUCCCCGCCACUGGCCGGGCUGCUCCUGGAUGCCACCAACAACUUUAGCUAUGUUUUCUACAUGUCCAGCUUCUUCCUCAUCUCAGCUGCCCUCUUCAUGGGUGGCAGCUUCUAUGCCCUGCAGAAGAAGGAGCAAGGCAAGCAGGCUGUCGCAGCGGAUGCCCUGGAGCGGGAUCUUUUCUUGGAAGCCAAAGACGGUCCUGGGAAGCAACGGUCCCCUGAGAUCAUGUAUGUAACCAGCGUCUAAGACCCAGGGGUCACCUGUGUGACCAGUGUCUGAGUCCUGGGAUCACUGAGUGAACACUGUCUCAGCCCAGCCCAGGAUGGGGACCUCUAGCUCCUUCACCAGGGGCUUGGGUGAAGAGUAGCCCAGGAAGCCCGGGCUGUCCAGGCUCUGCAAGCUGGGACUCUGCCAGGAGCUGGGACUUUGGAGGCUGGCCUCUGAAGAUGCCCUGAGAAACUCUUUUUUUUUUUUUUUUUCUUUUUUUUGGAGGCGGAGUUUCACUCUUGUUGCCCAGGCUGGAGUGCAGUGGCACCAUCUUGGCUCACUGCAACCUCUGCCUCCCAAGUUCAAGCGAUUCUCCUGCCUCUGCCCCCCAAGUAGCUGAGAUUACAGGCAUGCACCACCACACCCGGCUAAUUUUGUCUUUUAGUAGAGACGGGGUUUCUCCAUGUUGGUCAGGCUCGUCUCCAACUUCCAACCUCAGGUGAUCCGCCCACCUCAGCCUCCCAAAGUGCUGGGAUUACAGGCGUGAGCCACCGCGCCCAGCCAGAGGAACCCUUUUCUAACAACUAGCGGAAUCCAGGAGCAGGCCCUCCAGACUUUUUCCCUUGGGUACCAGGGUACUCGGGGCCCAGGAAGCUGGGUCUGAGCCCUGCUCAGGUUUGUCCCGGCCGGCUCAGCGCAGCUGGCUGUGUGUUGCUGCUCCUACAGCUCAAUGCACUGGACCUUCUCGUCCAGCCUGGAUGCCUCCAUCGUUUCUCUUUGUCUUUCUCUGGCCUCCAUACAGUUCUGAAGAGCUCACCUUCCUCUAGGUUCCUCCUGCCCUGCUCUUCCCAAGUGACCCAGCCCUCACCUGUAGGGCAGCCAAGGCUGGUGGUGCAGCUGCCCCCACCGAAGGUCAUUGGGCCUCGCACUGGGCAGUGCAGAGGUCCAGGCUGAGGAGUUGAGUGGCGCGCCCAUCCUGGCGCCUGUGCAGAGAAUGGGAGGGGGGCCCCUGGCUUGGAUCCUAGAAUCGGUGAAGUCUGAGGGCCCCCCUGCAGUCUCAGCAGGACCUGCUCUAUCUAGGGGCUUCCUCCUUCCUUUCCCCACCCUGUCUCCUUGGCGGGGAGGAUUAGUGCCAGGUGGGGGAAGCCAGACAUUUGACUGACGGGAGAGGAAGGCUUGCCAGGCAGCCCGAAGACUGUUGUGAAAAUGGGGCUGCUUUUGCAAGGGAAGCUCUUUUACUCCCCAUUCCUGUCCUCCAGAGGCCCCCCUUUUCCCUGCCGUGUUAUUGGUGUCAACUCUGGGGUAAGUGGCUGGCUGGACUCACCCCUGCUCCCUGUACACCUGUGCCUGUGACCUGGCGGUCCGAGCUCCCCACACACACAUUUUGCUGGUGCCUUUCCCUGAAGUCACCACCCAGGGGCUGGCUGUCAUCAGCCCAUUCUUGUCCCAGCAGGGUACCGAGGGAAUGAGAAAACAGAAUGUGUUUGAAUUACACAUAAAAAUGUUCCCUGCAGCAGGUCAUAAACUUUGUGAACUAAUGAAGCUGAAAAACAGAGCUGGAGUACGUUUCCCCUCACCCUUCCUUUCCUCCCAGCUCAGCAAGGGGUGCUCGGGUUCAGGAUGUUGUUUGUUGAUUCAGGCUCAACCAGGCUCCGGCAAGAAAACCUUAUCAGGAGAUUUUAUUUUCAUGAACAGGUGCCAGUCUUCCCGCCAGCCACGUCCAGCUGGCGUCAAUAAGCAUCUUUGGGGAUGUCCUGCCUCCUCCAGGACCAGCCAUGAGUGGCUCUUACGGCCAAAGGCGGUACUGCAGGCCAAGCAAAGGGCUCUGGGCUGGAAUAGCCGUACCUGAGUGCCUGUUUGACUCCGCCACUAUCUGCCAUGUCAGUUGGGCAAAUUGUUGACCACCUCUGAGCCUUGAAAAAGUAGGAGGUUACUUUGUUAGAGCAAAAUAAUAAAAUUUAAUUUUAAAAAAGAAAA